GCCCCGGCCAUGGAGUGAGCGCCGCCGGCCGCCCGCCCUCCGCCCCCGGCCUCGCCCGCGGGCUUGCGCCGCCCGCCGGGCCUCCGACUCCCAGAAACACACCAGAGACCGAUUGAUUGUGGCCGGGUUUUGGGUGGCAAAAAGGGAAAAUGGCGAACGACUCCCCUGCAAAAAGUCUGGUGGACAUCGACCUGUCCUCCCUGCGGGAUCCGGCUGGGAUUUUCGAGCUGGUGGAAGUGGUGGGAAAUGGCACCUACGGACAAGUCUAUAAGGGUCGACAUGUUAAAACAGGUCAGCUGGCAGCCAUCAAAGUUAUGGAUGUUACGGAGGAUGAAGAGGAGGAAAUCAAGCUGGAGAUAAAUAUGCUGAAGAAAUAUUCUCAUCAUAGAAAUAUUGCAACGUAUUACGGUGCUUUCAUCAAAAAGAGCCCCCCAGGACACGAUGACCAACUCUGGCUUGUUAUGGAGUUCUGCGGGGCCGGGUCCAUCACAGACCUCGUGAAGAACACCAAGGGCAACACGCUCAAGGAAGACUGGAUAGCCUACAUCUCCAGGGAGAUCCUGAGGGGACUGGCGCAUCUCCACAUCCAUCAUGUGAUUCACCGGGACAUCAAGGGCCAGAAUGUAUUGCUGACCGAGAACGCAGAGGUGAAGCUUGUGGAUUUCGGCGUGAGUGCUCAGCUGGACAGAACCGUGGGGAGGAGAAACACCUUCAUAGGCACCCCGUACUGGAUGGCUCCCGAGGUCAUCGCCUGUGACGAGAACCCCGACGCCACCUAUGAUUACAGGAGUGACCUGUGGUCCUGCGGCAUCACAGCCAUUGAGAUGGCAGAAGGCGCUCCCCCUCUCUGUGACAUGCACCCCAUGAGAGCGCUGUUUCUCAUCCCCAGAAACCCUCCUCCCCGGCUGAAGUCCAAAAAAUGGUCAAAGAAAUUUUUUAGUUUUAUAGAAGGGUGCCUGGUGAAGAAUUACAUGCAGCGGCCCUCCACAGAGCAGCUUCUGAAACAUCCUUUUAUAAGGGAUCAGCCAAAUGAAAGGCAGGUUAGAAUCCAGCUUAAGGACCAUAUAGACCGGACCAGGAAGAAGAGAGGAGAGAAAGAUGAAACCGAGUACGAGUACAGCGGGAGUGAGGAAGAGGAGGAGGAGGUGCCUGAGCAGGAGGGGGAGCCCAGCUCCAUCGUCAACGUGCCCGGCGAGUCGACGCUCCGCCGGGACUUCCUGAGGCUGCAGCAGGAGAACAAGGAGCGCUCGGAGGCCCUGAGGAGGCAGCAGCUGCUGCAGGAGCAGCAGCUGCGGGAGCAGGAAGAGUACAAGCGGCAGCUGCUGGCGGAGAGGCAGAAGCGCAUCGAGCAGCAGAAGGAGCAGAGGCGGCGGCUGGAAGAGCAACAAAGGAGAGAGCGGGAAGCCAGAAGGCAGCAGGAACGUGAGCAGCGGAGGCGAGAACAGGAGGAGAAGAGGCGGCUGGAGGAGCUGGAGCGACGGCGCAAGGAAGAGGAGGAGCGGAGGCGGGCGGAGGAGGAGAGGAGGAGGGUCGAGAGGGAGCAGGAGUACAUCAGGCGGCAGCUGGAAGAGGAGCAGCGGCACCUGGAGCUCCUUCAGCAGCAGCUCCUCCAGGAGCAGGCCAUGCUACUGGAGUGCCGCUGGCGGGAGCUGGAGGAGCACCGGCAGACGGAGCGGCUCCAGAGGCAGCUGCAGCAGGAACAGGCCUACCUCCUGUCUCUACAGCAUGAGCCCCGGAGGCCCCCGCCGCCCGACAGGAGCAAGGCCGGCCUGCACGGCGCCGAGCCCAAGGCCCCGCACGAGCCCGCCGACCGGGCCCGCGAGGUGGAAGAUAGAUUUAGGAAAACUAACCACAGCUCCCCUGAAGCCCAGUCUAAGCAGACAGGCAGAGUAUUGGAGCCACCAGUGCCUUCCAGAUCAGAGUCUUUUUCCAAUGGCAACUCCGAGUCUGUGCACCCUGCCCUGCAGAGACCAGCCGAGCCACAGGUACAGUGGUCCCACCUGGCAUCUCUCAAGAACAGUGUUUCCCCUGUCUCGCGAUCCCAUUCCUUCAGUGACCCUUCUCCUCCCAAAUUUGCACACCACCAUCUGCGCUCUCAGGACCCAUGUCCACCUUCCCGCAGUGAGGUGCUAAGUCAGAGUUCUGACUCUAAGGCGGAGGUACCCGACCCCGCCCAAAAGGCUUGGUCUAGAUCAGACAGUGACGAGGUGCCUCCAAGGGUUCCUGUGAGAACGACGUCCCGGUCCCCCGUCCUGUCCCGUCGGGAUUCCCCGCUGCAGGGCAGCGGGCAGCAGAAUAGCCAAGCAGGUCAGAGAAACUCCACCAGCAGCAUCGAGCCCAGGCUGCUGUGGGAGAGAGUGGAGAAGCUGGUGCCCAGGCCCGGCAGUGGCAGCUCCUCGGGGUCCAGCAACUCAGGAUCCCAGCCCGGCUCCCACCCUGGGUCUCAGAGCGGCUCCGGGGAGCGCUUCAGAGUGAGAUCAUCAUCCAAAUCUGAGGGCUCGCCAUCUCAGCGCCUUGAAAAUGCAGCAAAAAAGCCUGAAGAUAAAAAGGAAGUUUUUAGACCUCUCAAGCCCGCUGACCUGACGGCCCUGGCCAGAGAGCUCCGAGCGGCAGAAGACGUGCGGCCGCCGCACAAGGUGACAGACUACUCCUCGUCCAGUGAGGAGUCCGGGACGACGGAUGAGGAGGACGACGACUUGGAGCAGGAAGGGCCCGAGGAGCCCCCCUCGGGGCCGGAGGACGCCAGAGCCGCGUCAUCUCUGAACUUGAGCAACGGUGAAACGGAGUCCGUGAAAACCAUGAUCGUCCACGACGACGUGGAGAGUGAACCAGCCGUGACCCCGUCCAAGGAGGGCACCCUGAUCGUCCGCCAGAGUGCAAUUGACCAAAAGCGCGCCAGCCAUCAUGAGAGCAAUGGCUUUGCCGGUCGCAUUCACCUCUUGCCAGAUCUCUUACAGCAAAGCCAUUCCUCCUCCACUUCCUCCACCUCCUCCUCCCCAUCCUCCAGCCAGCCGACACCCACCAUGUCCCCACAGACACCCCAGGACAAGCUCACUACUAAUGAGACUCAGUCCGCUAGUAGCACACUCCAGAAACACAAAUCUUCCUCCUCCUUUACACCUUUUAUAGACCCCAGAUUACUACAGAUUUCUCCAUCUAGUGGGACAACAGUGACUUCUGUGGUGGGAUUUUCCUGUGAUGGAAUGAGAUCGGAGGCCAUAAGGCAAGAUCCUACCCGGAAGGGCUCAGUGGUCAAUGUGAAUCCCACCAACACUAGGCCACAGAGCGACACCCCAGAGAUUCGCAAAUACAAGAAGAGGUUUAACUCCGAGAUUCUGUGCGCUGCCUUGUGGGGAGUGAACUUGUUGGUGGGUACAGAGAGUGGCCUGAUGCUGCUGGACAGAAGUGGCCAAGGGAAGGUGUAUCCUCUGAUCAACAGAAGACGAUUUCAACAGAUGGACGUCCUGGAAGGCUUGAAUGUCUUGGUGACAAUAUCUGGCAAAAAGGAUAAGUUACGUGUCUACUAUUUGUCCUGGUUAAGAAAUAAAAUACUUCACAAUGAUCCAGAAGUUGAGAAGAAGCAGGGCUGGACGACCGUGGGAGAUUUGGAAGGAUGCGUACACUAUAAAGUUGUAAAGUAUGAAAGAAUCAAGUUUCUGGUCAUUGCUUUGAAGAGUUCUGUGGAAGUCUAUGCGUGGGCACCCAAGCCAUAUCACAAAUUUAUGGCCUUUAAGUCGUUUGGAGAUUUGGUGCAUAAGCCAUUACUGGUGGAUCUCACUGUUGAGGAAGGCCAGAGGUUGAAAGUGAUCUAUGGAUCCUGUGCUGGAUUCCAUGCUGUUGAUGUGGAUUCAGGAUCAGUCUAUGACAUUUAUCUACCAACACACGUAAGAAAGAACCCACACUCUAUGAUCCAGUGUAGCAUCAAACCCCACGCAAUCAUCAUUCUCCCCAACACGGAUGGAAUGGAGCUUCUGGUGUGCUAUGAAGACGAAGGGGUCUAUGUGAACACCUAUGGAAGGAUUACCAAGGAUGUGGUUCUGCAGUGGGGAGAGAUGCCAACGUCUGUAGCAUAUAUUCGAUCCAAUCAGACGAUGGGCUGGGGAGAAAAGGCCAUAGAGAUCCGGUCUGUGGAGACCGGCCACUUGGAUGGUGUGUUUAUGCACAAAAGGGCUCAAAGACUGAAAUUCUUAUGUGAACGCAACGACAAGGUGUUCUUCGCCUCGGUCCGGUCCGGGGGCAGCAGCCAGGUGUACUUCAUGACGCUGGGCAGGACCUCUCUUCUGAGCUGGUAGGAGUGGCGGGCGGGUAUGCCGGCCCCGGAGUCAUCGAGAUGAGAACCUGGAAUUCCUGGCAACUGGCGCUCGGAGCCGCCCGGGCCGCGCGGGCGGGGGUCUCCUCUCCCCUCCCGCCCGCUCUUACCAGUUCAUCUCCACUCCCUUCUUGUCCUGUUCGAAAUAAAUCAAGGCUGCAACGCAGCUGGUGCUGUUGAGACUCUACCGUCAGGUGCUAUCGGUGUUGGAAUCAAGCAUCAGGCAGAACGCAAACGCCUUCCCUCCAGCUCCAGAAUUCCUCGUCUGUGACUCUGUCCCGGGGUGUCUGCAGGUGGAGAACAGACACGCCGGCGGGUGGUUAGAAGUGGGCACAGCGAGUGUAAAGUGUGCUCGGACGAGCAGGUCACUGAAGCCAAGAGCAGAUUUAAUAUAGUAACAUUAACAAUGUAUUUAAUUGACAUUUCUUUUUUGUAAUGUGACCAUAUGUGGACAAAGAAGAAGGUGCAGGUUUAAGAAGUUAAUAUUUAUAAAAUGUGAAAGACACAGUUACUAGGAUAACUUUUUUGUGG